ACUGGGCCCAAGUGUUUUGUCUACGUCAGCGUCCGGAAACGCCUUAUAACCUUGUAACCUGCAGAUUGUGACUUGGCCCUUAUGCUUCGACCUGGACAUCUUCACCACGCAGACAAAGGCAAGGUCUGGUCUGAGCUUUCCGUGACGUGUGGCGAUCUGAGCUGAUUGCAUUGUGCCCGGAGCUAAUAAAGAUCGCCCUCCGGUUCCGCUUUGUUCGAUGAUACAUUCUAUUGCUUUGCGCUGAAAACAUUCUUGCAACGGAAUUUCUUCUACCUAUAUCGACCGUUGCUCUCAAGAUCAUCGACUCUCGAACUUCGCCAUGCGAGCCCAUCUCGCAUCACGAUUGCGAAGCUCUUCUCUCAGUGCUGUCCCUCCUCCACAAUCCUCGUCUGAAUACUCGAAUUCCCUAGCCAAAACCGCUGCUAGUAUUCUUUAUCGCUCGCCGAUCCCGUCGCAGACAGAACAUCCCAUAUACAUACUGAACGCUGCGGCUUUUCCCGAUGCCGAUGAGGUUGAUUUCGAUAAACUCCUACCAUAUGUUCUCGCACGACUUCCCGGAGAGGAAGAACUGAUAACAGGCACGGACUAUGAAGUCAUAUUCUUUGCUGGUGGCAAUCCUGACGGUGCAACGUCCAGUAAAAAGAACAGACCUGGAUGGGGAUGGUUCAUUCAAGCCUACCAUGUGCUCUCAAGGGCAAUGCGUAAGAGACUCCAAAAGCUUUAUAUUGUCCACGAGAGAAGUUGGGUCCGUAUACUUGUAGAAAUGUUCUCGACCAUAGUCAGCCCCAAGUUCCGGCGGAAGAUAGUGCAUGUGUCUUCCCUUACAUCGUUGGGUUUAUAUGUUCCCUUGGAGGAUCUUUUGAUACCACCAUCGGCAUACUUGCACGAUCGACGACUUAGUCCUGACAUCAACGUGCCAUAUGCUAGCGGCAGACGAGCUUUUGCGGUGAAACAGCCAUUUCCAAAAAAUGCUGCUGGAGGUACCAGACUACCUCGGGUUCUGAGGGAGACCACUACGUUCCUAUUAAUGGAACCAAACGUCAAGACUGAGGGUAUAUUUCGCGUUCCCCCACAUGCGCGCCUAAGAGAGAUCUUACGAGAGGCGUACGACAGAGGCCAAAAGUUCAUUGUCUGGAAAGACUACCAGUCAUUCUUGCCACUGCCAAAGUAUCCCAAAGCUCAAGACCAAGAUUAUGUGCUUGAUGAAGUCGACCAGAAAGAUGCAUACAAUGUUCUGCUCGCGGCAGGGCUCAUAAAACUCUGGUAUUCCGAGCUCCGUCAGCCACUAUUUCCGGACUUCACAUACCGCGAGCUCAAAACUUCUUUCAAGGACCCGGAGCUGCAAAUCACCGUGGAAGUACUGACCGAGCUCAUAUCUCCAACUUCGGAAUGGUCUAAACUACCGAUGAUGUCACGCGAGAUUCUCGUACGGCAUCUCCUCCCCCUCCUAUCGAUCAUAGCUUCACGCGCAGAAGAGAACAAGAUGACGGCCGAGAACCUUGCUGUCUGUUUUGCGCCUGCUUUGGUGUGUGGGCCAGAUCAACUAGAAGAUGCGAAGAUUUCAUCGAUGAUACGACGCAUACUGACAGCUGCUAUUGAGCUCUGGUCUAAAGGGCUUGCGAAAAUGUGUGGCGUGGACCUUGAGGCCUUCCCGAAGGAGCUGCUUCUUCCAUCUAACCCGACGGACUGGGAGGACCCCUUGGAAGCGCCCAGGCGACCUUUGCAACAAGCAGACGAUUACGAGCCGCAAACUGAUGAGAAGCAUUUCACAGGCAUCAUUAUGCAAGAUAAUGAUGAUACCGAUGAAGUACCCCCGCCGCUACCCCCACGGGGUGGAUCUAAUGGACGGACCGCUUGAUAUCGCCGAAUCUCCUGCCACUUAUGCUGCAACAACUGACGGCUUCGCGCCGCAUUCUUACUUAGCAACACUGUCUGGCCCACUAGAAGGGCAAGUGAAG